AUGCAGACUCGGAUCAUCGGAUCUGAGGAAGACGAAGACGUCGAAACGUUAGCCGGAAAUAAAUAUCAUUAUCAACCUGGUAAAUAUGUAAAGAAAAUCUUCUCGAACGAAUUCAUGAAGGUUAGGCGUUGUCACAAACGCACGGACGAUGUGAGUACGUUAGAGGACAAGGGCGAGUCAGUAGUGAAUCGCGCUAUUGGUUGCUUUGCUGCUCGUGGACUAUUUGAUAAAUCAUAG